UCUCUCCGCAUUUCUUUAUUAAUAAAGACACAAAUCUCACGCCUCUCUCCCUCUCUCUCUCAAUCUCUCUCUCUCUCUCUCUCUCUAUCUCUCUCUAGGAUUCAUAUUCAAGAGAGGAACGGAGACGCUCUCAACCACUCUUCCUCUGCGUACAAUUCACAAAUUGAACAAAUGGCUACGAUCAACAAUCAAGAUAACAGCAACAACAACAGGCAAAUCAACAACGUUGCUUCCUCCAAACAGCCACUUCAAUCUGCUAAAUCUGUUGAUACCCAAUCUGUUCUCAAAAGGCUACAGUCAGAGCUGAUGUCGUUAAUGAUGGGCGGUGAUCCUGGAAUUUCUGCAUUUCCUGAAGAGGACAACAUAUUUUGCUGGAAAGGAACAAUUACAGGGAGCAAAGAUACGGUGUUUGAAGGAACAGAGUAUAAGCUAUCCCUUUCCUUUCCGACGGAUUAUCCUUUCAAGCCUCCAAAGGUUAAGUUUGAGACUGGGUGUUUCCAUCCUAAUGUGGAUAUCUAUGGAACUAUUUGCCUAGACAUUCUUCAGGAUAAAUGGUCAUCAGCUUAUGAUGUGAGGACUAUACUGCUUUCUAUACAGAGCCUUCUUGGAGAACCAAACACGAGUUCCCCUUUGAACACCCAGGCAGCAGCACUGUGGGAAAAUCAAGAAGAAUACAGGAAGAUGGUGGAGAAAUUGUACAAGCCUGCAGCUUAGCUUCUAAGUUCUUUACAUUUGGACAGCUUUAAAGGGGAGGAUGAAGGAGAUUAUUAUCAUCAUUUUUAUAGUAAUAGAUCGCAUAUCGUUGCCUUUCCUCCUAUGUAUUCCUUUAAUUUGUGUCUUACAGAGAGGGAUUUCAAUGGCCAAGAUUGUUAUUGUACAACUAUUGCAUAAGUUCUGCAUUUAGUUCUGGCUAAGAGAGGGAUGAUUAUUGUUUCUGUUAUGCAUUUAGUUCCGGUUAUUGAAAUAUGAAAUGAAGAAAAUUGCUUCGAAUA